UUUCCCACCUCGAGCACUUCGAGUCUGGCCAGUCGAGUCGUUCCACUGUCGUCCUAGUCCUCCUCAUCUUCCGCGCCUCCCUGCACAAGCGGCAGCUCAUCAUCAUCGUCACUUUUGCCUCCCGCUUUUCGUCUCGUCCAGCAGUGAUAAGAUGCGGUCCACCCUCCACACCUUGGCCGUGCUGCUCACGCCCGCCGUGGUGGUUCUCGCUGGCACCACGCCGACGGUGCCUCGCCGCCCGUCCAACGGACUGGCAGCCGCCGCGGCCAAGUGUGACGCCUCCGAGGAGGUCUGCGAGGACAGCUGCAUGUACAUCGGCGCUACGUGCUGCAACGACGGCACCUCGACCUUUUGCGACAUUGGCUACUACUGCACCCUCACGUCCUGCUGCCUAAACGGCGCCACCUGCGACGAGCCGCCGCUCGAUCCAGACGCCACCGUGGGGAGUUCGCUACCCGGCUUUACCUGGACGUGGGACCUAUUCCCGACCUCGACCCCCGACGAUGUUGCGACCACCACAGACGACGUGAACACCUAUUCCUUCUCGUUUGAUGCGCAGCCGACGCCAGCCCCAGGGGAAACCAACAGCGAGGACAACGCCGGUGUCAGCAGUAGCGAGGGCAAUCCCACGGCUGGUACCAGCGAUGCUGCUACGAAUGGCUCGCCCGCGACCGACCCUAUUACGACUUCUGCUCCGCCACCGCCGCCGACGCCGCCACUUGGUCCGGCUGGCGCAGCUGGCCACCGCGCCAUCGAUUCCGGGGUGCUGGCUGGUAUCGUGGUUGCUGCUGCUGGUUUCCUGGUCUAGGCACCAUCCCUGCGCAAGUCACUGGUGGUGCACAGAUACUGCCCAGGUGUCCUUCCGAUGAAAGUGGCCUUUGUGGGGACGCGACGCGACCAGAGACCACAUCUAGAGAACGUGCUGCUUCUCCCUUCAGUUUGCCCGUGUGUCUGCUACCAGCAUAGCCAGCCUUGGUUUUUAUUUUCUCCUUCACACUCUUAAUAUUAGCAAG